UUUACACUUGGUGCACAGAAAAAUAAAACACCCUUCUCACCUGAGCGUCGACGUGACAUUUAAAGAACUAUUGUCGGUCACAUGUGGCACUGGGUAUCCAAUGCUGUAACCAAAUAAAGACAGGGCAGAGACCAGGGGCAGAGUCAGUGGAUCAACAUGGACUAUGAGAGGCGCAGGGGGGGGCGAGGUGACCGCAUGGGUCGCUAUGGCAACACUCACAAUGAUCACAACUUUCGGGACAUGGACUACCGAGGCUAUGGCCAAGAGGAUGAGGAGGCAGAGUAUGAUGUGAGAGCGGAGGGGGACAGACCAUAUGGUCGCGAAGAGCAGUUACUGGGUGUCCGUGACUUCUCACCUGGUCGUGUCCAAGACCACCUGGGGUUUCAUCACAGAGGAGAAGGGCGAGGAGACGUUGCACGUGAAGGGAAAGGGCUCCUGUGGCCCCCAUGUUCUCAGGCGCAGCCUGACCUAGCCCAUCCCAUGCACCAUAGAGAGGAGGAGGGAUCCAGGCGGGAGUUUGAGCAGUUAUUGACUGGCCCGCAGGAGAGAGGUCGGGGGAAAGGUGGAAGAGGCUUUCCUGAGAACAGUUCCCCUCAUUCAGGGGGUAGGGAUGGCAACUGGGGUCGUGGUGGUGCCCAUUCAGAACAGAUGGAAUACAACGCGGCCAAACAGAGAGAGGAGGACAGGUUCUCUCGUGCUGCAGUGAAGAGGAGGGCUUUUCCAGUGGGGGCAGAGGAGCAUAGUGGUGGGAGUGCUGGUCCAGACCUGUCCCUUGAGGAGCUGGAUCAGCGAGACCAGGACUACCGUGCAGACCUGGACCACAACCAGAGGCCAAGCAACAUCAUAAUGCUUCGUAUGCUGCCACCCAAUGCCACCACUAAUGAGAUCCGGGCACAGCUUCAGGAACAGGGGAUCCAGCCAAGAGAGGUUCGCCUCAUGAGGAACAAGUCCUCAGGUCAGAGCCGAGGAUUCGCCUUCGUCGAGUUUAAUGUCAUACAGGAGGCCACCCGCUGGAUGGAGACCAACCAGGGAGUGCUGUUGAUCCUGGGACAAAGAGUGUCGAUGCACUACAGCGAUCCAAAACCGCGUGCCAAUGAGGACUGGCUCUGCAACAAGUGUGGUGUGCAAAACUUUAAAAGGAGAGAGAAGUGCUUCAAAUGCAGUGUGCCUAAAUCAGAGGCAGAGCUGAAAUUGCCCCAGUUGCAGAGGGAUUUGCCCAUUGGUCUUCAAAAGGAGGGAGCCCAAGGCUUAUUGCCCUUGCCAGCACCUUAUCACUCUUCGGGCCCUACUGUCACCCCAGGACAGGCCACACAGCAGGCAGAUGUUGCCAAUGACACUCUGAUACUAAGAAACCUUGGCCCGCAUACUUCAGUGGAAACCAUCCUGUCUGCUUUGGCUCCAUUUGCCACUCUCUCCCCUUCCAACGUUCGCCUAAUCAAGGACAAGCACACACACCUCAACAGGGGCUUUGCCUUUCUGCAGCUCUCUACUAUAGUGGAGGCUUCUCAGCUGCUGCAGAUCUUGCAGGCUCUCCAGCCAGCUCUCUCCAUUGACGGAAAGGCAAUUGUGGUGGAGUUUGCCAAAGGCUCCAAACGUGAUGUAUUCAUGACGGAUGGCAGCAGAGUCAGUGCUGCUACAGUGGCCAGCACAGCUAUAGCUGCUGCACAGUGGGCUGUCACGCAGACGGCUCAGAAUGGAUCAGGUGGAGGCCCGAGUAUUGAUACAGCAGUGUAUCAGCAGGGGGCAGCAGUAACAUACAGUCAGGAAGGAAACGAAUACUCUGGGCUAGAUGGCACAACUUUGAAGGGCCAGGCAGAUGCCAGGGUUGCUGCUUUACCUGGUGCAGGAACAGCCCUGAUAGGGGCAUACACAGGAGGAGCAGCCCCAGCUGCUAUUUCAUCUGAGGCAGUGACAUCUGGAUCAGCAGUUGUGCAGCAGCCUCUUGUUCAUACACAGACAGCUCUAACCACCACAGCUACCCCCACACCAGUCACACAGGUUGAAAUUGUGGGAAAACCACAACCAGCUGCUCCCAGCCAACCUGCGACCCCAGGCACUGAACAUGAGCUCCAGCAAUACCCUGUGCCAGAUGUGUCCACAUACCAGUAUGACGAAAGCUCUGGCUACUAUUAUGACCCACUUACAGGCCUCUACUAUGACCCAAACUCCCAGUACUACUACAACCCUCAUACUCUGCAGUACAUGUACUGGGAUGGUGAGAAGCACACCUACAUUCCAGCUGCUGCUGGCCAGUCUAACGCCGAUGGUGCUCCCACGAGUGUAGGUGGAGUCCCCCCAGAGUCACCGUUUGCUACCCCAGGCAGCAAAGAGAAAAAAGACAAACCCAAGAAUAAAACUGCUCAACAGAUUGCCAAAGAUAUGGAGCGCUGGGCUAAGAGUCUCAACAGACACAAGGAGAACAUGCGAUCUGUCUCUUCCUCCCCUGCUGUCGGUUCCACAGCGCUUCCACCUGGUUACACCAGGGCACCUGGCCACAGUCGCCUUGAUGACCGCCGAGAAUCUGCCAGUGCUGACGCAGGCUACGCUGUUCUUGAGAAAAAGGGUGCACUGUCUGAACGGCCUCAGAUUUUUCUGGAUCAGAUCCGACAAAGCACAGAACAUUCGCCUCCUCAGCAGCAGGGUCUGGUCCCAGCCUACAGUGGAGAAACUGACAGCGAGGAAGAAGGAGGCGAUAAAGAUGAAAAAGAAGGGAGGAUGACGGACUGGGUUAAACUGGCCUGUUUGCUGUGUAGGAGGCAGUUUCCCAGCAAGGAGGCCCUCAUCAGGCACCAGCAGCUCAGUGAGCUACAUAAGCAAAACUUGGAGCAGAGAAGAGUCCAGCAGGAAUCUGCAGGCAAAGAGAGACUUGUGGACGGACCUGAACCUCCUGAUCCUAAGAGGAGGAAGUUUAGCCCCAUUGACGGGAUCACAGGCACUAGUCUUGGUGCCAGGAUGCUUCAGGGAGGAGUGAAAAAGGGGCUUCUUUUGCGCAAUAUGCAAGUGGAGUGAACCCUCACCCCUCAAACUUUUCCUGACGCUGACGGGGACAAUGACAAAGCCUAGCACGCAACACUUCACCGUUAACAUCAUAUAGAUAUGUGUAGAUAAACCUCUGAGUUUUGGUUUAACAUUACAAUUACCUCAACAGUGGUAUUACACUCAUUAACUGAUCCUGUAGCAGUGGAUGUCAGGAUAUUGCACAGAAUGCACUUUUUUUUUGCUUUCUUCCUGAAUGAUGCAGGGUUUAGUUCUCACUUGCUUUGGAGCGUGUAUGUGUGAGAUAACAAGCUUUAUGUGAUUGGGAAAACAUUUGCUAUUGGAAAAUGAAGGAUCAGUAUCGAUCUUUAUGGCAGCAAAUGGGAUUUUCUAAUAUAACUGUCUAUGCACCAUAGAUUUUUUAAUUUAAUGCUAAAUGCCCUGUCAUUCAGUGAAUGACUGCUCUGGGCAUUAACUGUGUAUAAUGUUUUAGAAGUGGCCUCAUGAACUGGACAGGAUCACACUAAAACUAGUGUUUGGAUAAAGAGUCUCAUUUUGUCAUCUUGUAUGAAUUCUCAAUGUAAUACAUCAUUAUCUCUGGAGAAAGCUAUUUUUUAUUUCUGUACUCCUUUAAUGUGACUGUUUAAUCAAGCUUGUGUAAAUUAAUUCUGAAUAACACAUUUUCAUCCUUAUUGGUGAUUUAUGUCUUCUCUUGGAAAGCCAGUAAGAGACUCUUUGUUAUUUAUGUGGUGGUGCAAAACAUGGGAGGCAUGUCAAUUUUCUAACCACUGGGGGGAGAUUUGUAUUUUUAAUUUUAGGGUCGCGGAGGAAUAUACAACAUUAAAUGGGUGUAUGUUGUAUUAAUCUUAAACA